UUGCACAGAGAGAUAAUCUAUUAAAGGACAACCCCCAGUGACAGAAAGGUAAACAGGUCCGCACCGGCUUCGUGUUUUAACAUUCAAAACGUUUCUUAUUUGUCACAUGUUCCAGUUUUCAGAUGCAUUUUGCCGCGCGUAAAACCAUGUGAGCAACAUGUUUAGUUUAGAAAACGCGAUUCUUUGUCGAAAUUUAGUCGUGACCUUAUACCAAAAUGGCAAACCACGAGCGGAACAAAAAUAUUUUACUGGAACUUAUAAAGCUGCCGGACAACAGCCGGUGCGCGGACUGCGGGGCUCCUGAUCCAGAGUGGGCUUCCUACACACUGGGUGUGUUUGUGUGUCUGAACUGCUCUGGCAUCCACCGCAGCCUGUCCAGCCGGGUCAAAUCCAUAAAGCUGGACUACUGGGAUGAUAAGAUGGUAGAGUUCAUGAAGUCCAAUGGCAAUGCCAAAAACCGAGCUUUGUACGAGAAAGCUGUUCCACCAUACUACUAUCGGCCCAAGGAAAGUGACUGUGUCGUCUUAAAAGAGCAGUGGAUUCGGGCUAAAUAUGAAAGGAUGGAAUUCACAGGAGAAACCAAGUAUCCACCACUAUCUUACACCACAGGUUUCUAUGAAGGGAUGCUUUGGAAGAAAGGGAAAGAGAACACACAGUUUCUGAAGAGGAAGUUCGUACUGUCAGAGAGAGAAUUUACUCUGACCUACUACAACAAGGAAAAUGAGUCCAAAGGCCCUAAAGCUUUAAUCUCCAUCAAGGACAUAAACGCCACUUUCCAACCAGAGAAGAUUGGUCAUCCCAAUGGGCUGCAGAUCACCUACCAAGACGACGAUCACACCAGGAACCUCUAUGUCUAUCACGAGAGUCCUCAGGAAAUAGUGACAUGGUACAAUGCUAUUCGUGCUGCUCGCUAUGCAUACCUGAGGACAGCGUACCCCACUGGAAGGGAUGCAGAACUGAUACCAAAGAUAACAAGAAACUACCUCAAAGAGGGCUACAUGGAAAAGACAGGGCCAUUGCAAAAGGAGCCAUUCAAAAAGAGGUGGUUUGUUUUGGACUCUCAAAACAGGAAGCUCUUCUACUUCAAAGGCCAGCUGGAUGCAGAGGAGUUAGGGGUGGUGUUCAUCGGCACAGAGAAUAAAGGUUACUCUGUGAAGGAGUGUGUCCCAAAACAUGCUCAGGGAAACAAGUGGAAGUGGGGUGUCAUGGUGGAGACGCCCAAGCGACAGUUUGUCUUCAUGUGCGAGCAGGACAGGGAGCAGAAGGAGUGGCUGGAUGCCCUCAAACUGGUCCUGUCCAGACCCAUGUCUCCACUGCACCAUUGAAGCCAACCUCAAGUAUAAAAGAUGAACAACAGAUAUGUAUGUGAACAGAAUCUCAGGAGGAAGACUGCAGGGUUUUAAAUCACUUUCAAAUACUGCAGUGAUCUGCUGUGCCUGGGCCGUAUCAGCACUGAUUUAUUGCUCUGUAGAUAGUGUCACUUGUUAUGACCCUGGGUCAUUAUGCAGGUGGUGCCCGUUAGCUGAUUGGCUGCCUUCGACAGGCUGAUUGGUCCACCUGAAGAGACAGGAGCAUUUAAGCUGCAGCCACCAGUUCCUCUGCCCUCUGUCUCAUCGACCUCUCCUACUCCUAACUCCGUGUCUGUUGUAGAACACCUGAUCUAUUGUUCUGUGUGGUUAAAUCUAACGAGUAACGGUCCUUUUGUCUAUUUUGGUAUCUUUGUAAAGAUAAGCUAAUUUAAUCUGUCUUGAAAGACACGCUUUGCUUUGCCCAGGAGUGCGACACCCUUUUCUUUUGUUCUUCUCCUGUUUUUUCGUUAGGUUAGGUAAGAAGCCUGUAUUUUAUUUGACUUAUUUUGUUAGGAAAAUAUUUAUGCAUGCCCAGGGUUAUUUGUUUAUGUGGGUUGUCUCGCCUCCUUUAAAAACAAACAGGUAAUUAAAAUUACCAAAGGUA